GGUAGGGACGUCCCAAUGAUACCUAAUUGCACGGACCUGAAAAUAAACCAGAAUACAAAGAGGGCCGGGUUUAGGGCGUGUCUUCACGAACAUCUGAUGUCAAAGAUCGCUGACACAGUUGUUUUGGAGGAAGUGACAAGAGACUGAAAACGAAAGAAAUAGGCCCUCUUCAAGUAAACAAGCAGGGAUUCCUUUCGCUUAAUAAUUGCUCUUACUUUGGAAACACAAGUGGCCACCUAGUAGUAUUGAAAGUAUAUUGCGUUAUAAUUAAAGAGACGUGCGUCCUGACUGCAACUAACCACCACUGGUGGCACCAGCCAGUUUCCGUCCGAUCUCGGCAACUAGCUAGCUAUCCAGCUAGCCUAGGUUGGGGGGCAGACAGACACAAUUGAAUUCAUCUGUUUUUCAUCCAGCACGACGAAAGGCCCAUUUUGACAUUCUUUAAUAUACCAUCCAUUGGUUCUGGUUGAUCAAGCUGUGGCACAAUGACGUCUAGGAAGAAAGUACUACUUAAAGUCAUCAUCCUGGGAGACUCUGGAGUUGGGAAGACCUCCCUGAUGAACCAGUAUGUGAAUAAGAAGUUCAGUAACCAGUACAAAGCCACAAUUGGAGCUGAUUUCCUGACGAAAGAAGUGAUGGUGGACGACAGGCUUGUCACCAUGCAGAUCUGGGACACAGCGGGGCAGGAGAGGUUCCAGUCUCUGGGCGUGGCGUUUUACCGCGGGGCAGACUGUUGCGUGCUGGUGUUUGACGUGACCGCACCCAACACCUUCAAGACCCUAGACAGCUGGAGGGACGAGUUCCUCAUACAGGCCAGCCCCCGAGACCCCGAGAACUUCCCCUUUGUGGUGCUAGGCAACAAGAUUGACCUGGAGAACAGACAGGUGACGACUAAACGAGCACAGGCCUGGUGUCAGAGCAAGAACAACAUCCCCUACUUCGAGACCAGCGCAAAGGAGGCCAUCAACGUUGAACAGGCUUUCCAGACUAUUGCACGCAAUGCUCUUAAACAGGAGACAGAGGUGGAGUUGUACAAUGAGUUCCCUGAACCGAUAAAGCUGGACAGGAACGAACGUUCCAAGCCAUCAGCGGAGGCCUGCAGCUGCUGAGGUCCUAGCAGACUUACUGUCGGCCCUGCUACCCUGUCUUGCCUUGUCUAACCCCUAUGCCUCACUGUGUGCUCCCCUUUGCCCAAUAUUAUCACUGGCCUUCGUAGAUGCGAGUCCCGCUCGAAAAGUAUACCGUACACACAUGCUGCACUCACACCCCAGUGUACACAUCACACACUUACUCUCAAGAUAAGUCUCCAAGCCCAAAGAACACCCAGAUGGAUAUUAGAGCAUUUAUUAACCCGAUAUCUGCUUAGUAUUACCCCCUUAACUGUCUCAUGACGCAAAUACCUUUUUUUAUAGACACCAUUGUUUCCAUGGCACCACCCAACCUCACACACAUGCAUACAUACAGAAAUAAAAUCCUAUGAGAUUUAUAAAGGGGGGGUUAGUUCCAGUGGUAAAGGAGGUUGUGAAGGAUCAGAAUGAUGAAUUUAUAUGUGUGUGUGUGUGUCAUGCCAAUGUACUGCCCAAAGAUACAUGUGUUAAUUGUCUUGGAUGUGAACUAGCAAGUCCAACAUACGAGUGUGUUGUUCAAGGCAUUUUUUUUGCACUUUGUCAUGUAGACUAAUUAAAAUCCUGUUUGACACCUCAUUUUGGAGCCACAAUAAAAAACAAACGUUUUAAGUCGAGUCUGAAGAGGCAGUGUGGAUUUUAACUCUACUGUCCCCUAACUGCCCGACACAUGCUUUGUUUCUCAAUUGGAAAAGUCGAGCAGCAAAUUGUCAACAUUCUGCGACCUGACACAAGGGGUAGAGAAUCAAAGGGAGGACGUCCUAUCGGAUACAGCUGGGGGAGGGGACAGAUAUUUUUCAAGCUAAUAAAUAUGAGUCGUUAUUGCCUCAUUUUUACACUGGCAACUGUUGCAAGACUUUGUGUGCAAAUCUUUGUCAAUUGUUUUGUGUAGGCAAAAACCAUGCAUGUUGUCAGUUUCCAUGUCUGCUGAUAGCUCAGGUGCUUGAUAUUUCUUUUAACUGGUCAGAUCUGUCUGUAUAUUGUUAUUACUAUGUUUAGAAUUUGAAUUGCAUCAGAGGACUGAGAACACAACUUUUUAUUUAAAUUAUACAAAAAAUACGGGGGAAAUCUGUUAGCAUUAAUCAUAUUAAAGAAUUGGCUUUAGCUACAUUGUUUGAAAAUGGUUUUGGAUUUCAAGGAACUGAUAAGUCAUUGAAUAAAGAAUGUGUGUGUUUCUGCAAGGAGAACAUGUAAAGCAUAGGUGACUAUCAAGGCUCAUACUGAACAAAAAUAUAAACGUAACAUGUAAAUUGUUGGUCCAAUGUUUAAUGAGCUGAAAUAAAAGAUCCCAGAAAUUUUC